UUUGGCCUUCAAUUCUACAGUUCUGACUUAGCAGACUUGACUUCUCGAGGAUUGAUUUUAUUCCAUCUUUUUUUUUUCAAUUUUGGAUAUAAAUGAUAAUAACCUAUGCGAAUGUGAUGAACCCGCCGACAUUCCAGAUUGUUUGCCUUCUGAUUUGCACCUCAGCUCUAGGUUAUGGGGCAUUAAGUGUAUCUUUAGGCUGUCCGAGAAUUAUGGACAAAAGUGGAACAACAUCACCGACUAUUCACCUUGGAGACAUGUGCUAUUCGUUUCAACUUUAUGACAACCACUUAGCCUGGAACAAGGCUGUGGAUUGGUGCUAUUACCGCAGUGGCAGUCUUGUUAGGUUUGAAUCAGUACUGAAGUAUGAAGACGUGAAGGACUUCUUAAACGUCAAUGCUUCUGGGUAUGGCAGUCCGAUAUGGAUAGGGGGAAGUUGUUAUUCUCGUACUCGGUAUGGUUUAUGUGACGAUAAAGACAAUUGGUAUUGGAUACAAGGAAAUGGUCUCAAGGGUGAAGAGAUGAUAUUCAGUAGCUGGGAUAUAAGUACUGGUGAACCUAAUCCAAAUGCCACGGGUGAAGGUGAGCGUGUAUCCAUGGUGAUGAAUAUGACAUCAUCAGCUGGCUCGUGGGCAUGGUAUGAUUGGAAUAUUUUAGACUGGCAUGCGUUUAUUUGUGAGUUUGAUCCGGUUAUUAUAACAAGCACUGAGGCAAUCACAUUAUCUAAAGUGACCACCAGAGCUUUUUCGUCAACAACUCUUCUGCCAACAACGGAAGAACUAACAUCAAGUAUGGCCCCAUCAACGGUAUUACCAACAUCGUUGCAGACCACAGCUUCACAAACAACAAAACAUAGAACAAAGAAUGAGUUCGUACCCAGCAGUACGCGUUCAAUCACAAAUCCGGACACCACAACAAAGUUAUCGAUGGUACAAACAUUAGGACAUAACGUGACUACAGUUCAUAAUACACCUAAAACAACGAUGGAAUCAAUUGAUUCGUCAAGCGAGACAGACAUUUCUACCAGUCAGUUCCGCAAUGAAGUCGAUGAUGGCGAUACAACAUUAACAGUUCAUCUUGAAGAUACAUUCUAUUCAUUUCAACUUGGUAAUCAGUUGGACUGA